AUGAAUGAAAAAUCAUGUCAUUUUUAUUUUUUAAUAUCAGUUUUAGUAUUAAUAAUAAGUUUUAUAAAUACAAAUUCUGAUUCAGAAUAUUUAUUAAAUGUUAAAACUUAUAAUUAUACUGUGACCAAAAACAAAGAUGUAGAAGACCCACCUAUACUAUUUCAAAAAACCGAAUACCUCUUUACCGAUGAAUAUAUAGAUAUCGAAACUUUAACCUAUAAUCACUCUGUACAAUUACAUUUAAAAACCAAUAACAAAAACAACCACUCUCUUUCAGAAACUCAAAAUGAAAUCACUUUUUUCAACACCACUAAAACCAAUCAAUACCAUAGAAUAUAUUAUAAUAAUAAUUCACCCCUUUAUAAAUUUUAUAAAAAUUUUUUUACCAUUUUCAAAGCAUAUAUAAUUCUCACGUUUUUAUUAUUCAUAGUGGGGGUAGUAUUCCAUUUUGUAAAUGUAACCGACUAUAAAAAUGAAAAGCGCAGAAAAGUGGCACAGUCCAUAGUAAAGUUUGUUCUAAUAAUAAUACUCCUCACGAUGAUCGGUUUCAGUAUAUAUAUAAUAAUGGGCUCAAAAGAUUAUUUAAAGAAAGCAAUCAGAGAACAAAUGAAACAGUCCAAUAUCUUAAAAAUAAUAUGUGUCGAUGAUAUGGACGAAAAUUAUAUCGGUAUCUGUCAAGAUGGAAAUGGAGAAGUUGCAAAGAAACUGAGAGUUCAUCAUAUUGAUUAUUUAAAAAAUUACAAUUUUUUUAUUUUGGAAAAAUAUGAAAUUAAAAACACACCUUUUUAUUAUAAAUCUUGGUUAUUUGGUGGUUUAACACUCUUAAUCGCAAUAUUUGUAUCAUUUUUAUUUGGAUUGUCAAAUUCAAAAAUUAAAAAAAAAAUAAUCAACCAUCCAGAUGAUAAAUUGUAA